ACUAUUUCAGCAACUAUGGCUCGGCCACUUGCAAUGAUGCAUCCUCUACUAAGCUCUUCAUCACACAUUGGCCUUGUUGUUAUGACCCUUAUGCUGUGUGCCAUGGCAUUGCUUAUGUGUGCUUCUCAUUCAUCACGCAAAUGGCGUCACUGGAUCUCUUGCUAUGCCUUUCAAGAAGAGCCUGUCAUAGAAUUCAACAAUGAAGUUGUUAUGAGUACUUGUGGUGAGCCACAAGAAGAGGGUUCACUUUGGCAGAAGAACAUACUCAUGGGGGGGAAGUGUCAGCUCCCUGAUUUCUCUGGUGUCAUAAUAUAUGAUUCCAAUGGCAAUAUAGUCAAUCCUGCUAAAACUUCUCGUCCAUUACUAACAUGGAAAUAAGGAUCUGGGGAACCCCAAAAGCCUUUUUCAUUUGCAGAAGUAGUACUAUGCUAGAGUUCCAUUUGUACCACCCUAUUUCUUCAUGGUCUCUCGUUUAGUUCAGGUUUCAUCAGUGAGAACAGAUUGUUGCAUUAAAAUCCAAACAACUAGGUACAAAACCAAAGGCAUGCAUUGACUAUCAGAAAUGGUGUCUCUAUUGUAUCAAUAUAUGAAACUCUUGUAUUAAUCUUUAAUAGAUGUGUAUCAAAGUCUUAAUAGUUAACCAACAUGGAGUGAUUGUGAAUUUGUGAUAUGAUUAGCAGAUAAUUAUGUUC